UGUAAACUUGCCAUUCCUGCAUCUGCACAUGCAAGUCUCAGCACAUCUCAUCUGCUGCAGAUUGUUCUUUCCUGGGGAUAAGCGUCUCCUCACAGAGGCAGACCAGACUCCCACUUAGAGGGUCUUCUGCUGACUGGACACAGAACUCACAGCCUGAGAAUCCAGUCUGGGGCUGUUACAGAUCUGUCUACAUCAAAUCCACAAAGGAAGCUGACGAGAAUCAGACUCAGCUGCUGCAUAGAGAAUAUUCCUGUGUUCACCAUGAAGUUCCUUGUGGUGAUUUCCGUUUUGUUGGCCACCCUUGGCUAUCUGUGUCCAGUAGAUGGUUUUCCAUUUAUUCUCACACAACUGAGCACCCGAAAAAGUAGCUGCAAAUCCAUCCCUAGCAGCAUGACCUUGUGCCACGCAGUGGGCUACAGUGAGAUGCGCUUACCCAACUUACUGGGUCAUGACACCAUGAAAGAGGCUCUGCAACAGGCGGGCUCCUGGGUACCACUUCUCACUAAGCAGUGCCACGCCGACACCAAGAAAUUCCUCUGCUCUCUGUUUGCUCCGGUUUGCUUGAGCGAACUGGAGGAAGCCGUUUACCCGUGCAGGUCCCUCUGUGAGGAGGUGAGGGAUGGCUGCACCCCAGUUAUGGCGGCUUUUGGGUUCCCAUGGCCAGAGAUGUUUAAUUGUAGCCAAUUUCCCCCUGGAAAUGAGCUUUGUGUACCCCCUGCUGGUGGAGAGGACAAGUCCCAGGUAGUUAAGGAAGAAGUCCAGUGUGCUGCGUGCCAAAUCCUUGGGGACCCUGAUAAGGAGUUCCUGCAGGGUUUCUGCUCUCAAGAUUUUGCUAUUAAGGUCAAUCUUCGCUCAGUGUCUUCCAUGGAUGGAGACCUCACAGUGAUCCCAGAGGUGAAGAGCAGGACCAUGUAUAAGACCAAAGGCUGGUCAGAGGAAGAGAUCAAGAAGACCGUUCUUUGGCUUACAGAUGGUGAUAACUGUGCUUGCCCAGAUCUCCAAGAGCCCGGAGCCACAGUGCUGCUAAUGGGACACCGAGUAGAUGACAGACUGGUCAUAACCUGGGUCAGGAAGUGGCUAAAGACGGAGAAGGAAACUAGGAAGUUUUCCCGGACUGUGCGCAAGAUGCAAUGUUAGUGCACAAGAGUAUGAAGCUUCUACUCAUGCAGUAUUGGAUCCUUUUGGGAUUGUGCAACUUUGGAGGUCUCUUGGAACAAACUACAAAAUGCUUCCUCACCUCCUCAAACCCACAUGGUCUUUAUUUUGUGCAACAGCAAGUGAGAACCAUAAGUGCCCAAUAAUAAUGUUUUCAUCACUCCAUCAACUUACAAAUGCCUGGAGUGUACAUUAUAUAAUUUGUUCUGAAUUUAUUUAGUGGCCAAUCAGUCAAUCAUAGCAAGUUACAAACAUAAGUAUUUGGCUGAAAUUGGUGACAUUUCUUUAUCUGCUCCAUUUGCCUCCCGUUCCUGAAACUGUUGUUAAUCCUGCAGCAAGACUUGGCCUUUCUAGAAUAACGUUUGUAGCAUAGACACUAAUGGGUGUUUGUAAGUAAGUCCGUUUUAUAUAUUACAGCUUGUGCCAUAUCUCCUGCAGGAAUAUUUGUUAGCUUUUGUGGGUUUGUUUUUUUUUAAUUUGUCCUACUUUUAUCUCAGACUUGCCUGCUGGUUGGUGUUAAGUUGGUAAUCUGUGCAAUGAGAGUUUGGUAUUAUAAACAUAAUUAUAACAUUGCAAACCCCAACAACACUUCUAUUUUACCAGUUAAUCUCCUGGAGGGGUUUCGGACAUUGCCUAUAUUAUGGGAUUUCUGAUAUAUUUAUGUGCAUGUUUUUGGAUUUUUUUGGUUUUGGUAUGAUGGACGCUGCCAGCCACUGGUAAUGACAAACAAGAGGAUAAUAUGUCAAAAUGAGUAAAUCCUUUGCUUCAUUGUAUAUAAAAAUAAUUCACUAUGAAAAAUGCACGUUUUAGGGCUGUAAUUGAAUAUUCAUCUAUAACUUGUGUUACCAGAUAUGGUUAUGAUAUGUUUUAGCUGUUUGAGGCAUAAAAUUACUAAACAUUCCUAAAUUGCUUUAACAUGCA